AUGGGUAUAUCCAACUACUUCCGGGCGCAGAAGCCCGAGGCCAGGAGGAAAAAGGAGGAAGAGGAGAAGAAUAAUAAGAAUGCGGCGUCGUCAGCGUCGCAGGAGCCGCAGGUGAUGAGCAACCCGUUUGCGGAGAAGGCGCCGAUGAGCCACGACGACUUCGCCAGCCUCCGGCUGCCGCCUUCGAACGCGCUCUCGUCGCGCAACUCCUUAUCGGCGCGCUCCGCGGUGUCGGCUAACAGCUCCAUCUUCGUCGAGCAGAUCAAGCACGAGGUCAUGGUCAACUAUCUCUACCAGCAGCAGUGCUCCCACCUCUGGGUCAGCGACGGCAGCGGCGACGUCGAGGGCGUACUGCUCCGCAAGAGCAGAGGCACGUAUCUCGCCUGCCCGCCCGCCCUAAUGGACUCGGAUCUGGCGAACGCCUGCUUGGCGCUCAACGUCCAGUGCGCCAUGACGGUCAACUCGCGGGUGAUCAAGACGUUCCUGUCGUGGUCGCCGGAGGCGGUGGACGUGCCGCUCAUGAACGGGCUCCGGAUCCAGAUCGUGCCGACGGUGAGCGACCUGGCGAGGGCGCGCAAGCACCAGUUCGCCGCCUUCGUCGCGUCGGAGGCGCUGCUGGUCGUCUGGGACGACGACGCCCUGCACCUCGUGCAGCGCGCCAAGGCCAUCGAGUCCGAGCUGAUGGAGCUCGUCUGGCGGACUGACGAGAUGGCGGAGGAGGAGGAGAAGAGCCCGCGCUAUAAGGCCGUCGAGGCCGAGAUCGACGAGGAGAGCGGCCAGAUCAAGCCCGAGAAGCGCCCCGUCCAUCUGCAGAACACGUACCUCGUCUCCAUGGUCCUCGUCGUCGUCACCGUCUCCCUCGGCGCCGCCUGGCGGCAGCUCGCCAUCGAGGUCUCCGUCGACGGCAGCUACACGCGGCUGGCCCUGAUCGCCCUCUUCCCCGUGCAGAUCUUCUUCACGCUCUUCUUCGCCCAGGUCAUCAUCGGCUGCUUGGCUCAGGUCCUCGGUCCCAUCCGCCAGCUUACCCAGAAUUCCAAGUUCUACUCCGCCCGCCCGCCCCCGAGGUUGCGAGGCGCGAUGCUACCGCACGUCACGGUGCAAUGUCCGGUUUACAAGGAAGGCCUCUCGGCCGUCAUCCAGCCGACGGUCCGAUCGGUGAAGCAGGCCAUCAGCACGUACGAGCUGCAGGGCGGGUCGGCCAACUUGUUCGUCAACGACGACGGGCUGCAGCUGCUGCCGGAGGAGGAGCGGCGGGCGCGCAUCGAGUUCUACGCCGAUCACAGCAUCGGCUGGGUCGCGCGGCCGAAGCACGGCGAGAACGGGUUCCUGCGCCGCGGCAAGUUCAAGAAGGCGUCCAACAUGAACUUCGCCCUCAUGGUCUCGUGCAAGGUCGAGGAGAAGCUCGCCCUGUACGAGCGCGGCCCUGACUGGACCCAGGCCGACGAGGCCGCCGCCUACGAGAGAGCCCUCAAGGAGGUGAUCGGCGAGGACGGCCGGGCCUGGGCCGACGGCAACAUCCGUGUCGGAGACUACAUCCUCCUCAUCGACUCCGAUACGCGUGUCCCGGCCGACUGCCUCCUCGAUGCCGUCUCCGAGAUGGAGCAGUCUCCCGAUGUGGGCAUCAUGCAGUUCUCGUCGGGGGUGAUGCAGGUGGUGCACACGUACUUUGAGAACGGCAUCACCUUCUUCACGAACCUGAUAUAUAGUGCGAUCAGGUACACCGUCUCUAACGGCGACGUGGCGCCGUUCGUCGGGCACAACGCCAUCCUGCGGUGGAGCGCGAUCCAGCAGGUAUCCUACGAGGACGAGGACGGCUACGAGAAGUUUUGGUCCGAGUCGCACGUCUCGGAGGACUUCGACAUGUCGCUCCGCCUGCAGUGCAGCGGCUACAUCAUCCGCCUGGCCGCCUGGGCCGGCGACGGCUUCAAGGAGGGCGUCUCGCUCACCGUGUACGACGAGCUCGCGCGGUGGGAGAAGUACGCGUACGGCUGCAACGAGCUGCUCUUCCACCCGAUCCGCAUGUGGCUGUGGAAGGGCCCGUUCACGCCGCUGUUCCGCCGCUUCCUCUUCUCCAACAUCCGCUUCACAUCCAAGAUCACGAUCGUCUCGUACAUCGGCACCUACUACGCCAUCGCGGCGGCGUGGAUCAUGACGUCGGUCAACUACUUCAUCGUCGGCUGGUUCAACGGUUACUUGGACAAAUACUACAUCGACUCGUGGCAAGUCUGGUUCUCCAUCAUAAUAGUGUUCAACGGCUUCGGAAACAUCGCGCUCGCCGUGAUGCGAUACCGGGUCGGGGAGAGCAGCUUGCUGCACGCCAUCUUCGAGAACUUCAAGUGGACGCUGCUGCUCGCCAUCUUCCUCGGCGGCCUGUCGCUGCACGUCAGCCAGGCCAUCCUCGCCCACAUGUUCGAGAUCAACAUGACGUGGGGCGCCACGUCCAAGGAGGCCGAGUUCUCCAACUUCUUCAUCGAGGUGCCCAAGGUCCUCAAGAAGUUCAAGUUCUCCAUGAUCUUCUCCCUCAUCUUCAUCACCGCCAUGAUCGUCCUGGCCGUCGCGCCCUUCGUCCCCUACAGCUGGCGCAUCCGCGACUUCGUCGCCAUCCUGCCCAUGGCGACCGUCGCGGGCAGCCACCUCCUCCUCCCCCUCGCCCUCAACCCGGCGCUGAUGACCUUUUCGUGGUGA